UGUCUGUACGAUGCAAAAGGUAUAGGCCCGAACCCAUGGAAGACGGUCACCUUGUUCGAGGAGCUGAAUGUUUCCUACGAAACCUAUUUCCUUAACUUUGGCGCCGGCCGCAACGGUGUUGAAGGCGAGGAGUUCAAAAAGAAUAACCUAGCCGGCCGCGUAUCAUUGAUAUGCGACCCAGCAAUAGGUAUCUCUCUUUCCGAAUCCAACACGAUAGCCUAAUACUUAGUCGAAAACUACGACAAAUCCUCCCGCCUAAUCUUCACGACUAUACCCGAAAAAUACCUCGUA